CUCCCCCGCAUUGAAAGUCCCGCAAUCGGCGUUCAAGAACGAAUAUCAAAACAGAAUGACAACCGAACUGAGAGCCUCAAGACUAAUUCAGACAGUUUCCCGGUAUCUCAAGCAAUUUUAUCAUCGUUUUCGUUCACAAUGGCACCUCCUGUCUGCAAAAAGACGUUCAAGCUGAACAACGGCCUUGAACUCCCCGCCGUCGGUCUGGGAACAUGGCAAGGCACUCCAGGGUCAGAUGACUCCAAGGCCAUGGAGGAGUCCGUCAUACACGCCCUCAACGCCGGAUACCGUCUCAUCGACACCGCCCAGCUCUAUGGUGUCGAAGACAUUGUAGGCAAGGCCAUCCGCAACAGCGGCAUCCCCCGUGAAGAGAUCACCGUCGUUACCAAGUUCUGGGGUGAGUGGCAUCACGACCCGGCGACGGCGCUUCAGAUUUCACUGGACACCAUGGGCCUCGACUACAUUGACGUCUUCCUCAUGCACUGGCCGUGGGCCACGACUCCGGCACCGGAGAAGAAAGUCUUGAAGAAGUGGGAGAGCCCGACCUUCAUCGAGACCUGGAAGUUGAUGGAGAAGCUGGUCGGUCCCAAGUGCAGGUCAAUCGGCGUCAGCAACUUCAUGCCCAAGGUCAUGGAUGAGCUGCUCAAGGAGGCCGCGAUCGUGCCUGCUGUCAACCAGGUCGAAUUGCAUGCGUUCAACCCGAACCUGAACCUCGUACCCUACUGCAAGGAGAAGGGCAUUGUUGUCACGAGUUGGAGCACGAUGGGUGGCUCGCGUCCAUCUCAAAAUGAGAUUCUCAACCACGAGCUCUUCACCAGCAUCGCCAAGGCACAUGGUAUCUCCGCAGGCGUUGUGUCCCUUUCCUGGUGCGUCCAGCGCGGUAUCGCAGUCAUCCCAAAGAGCGCCAAGAAGGAGCGCAUCGAGGAGAACAUCCGCCUCGUCACCCUUACCGAGGAGGAGAUGAACAAGAUCAACGAGGCGCACAAGACAAUCAAGAAGGAGAGAUUCUCCAACGGCAUUGCAGUGCAGCACAUGGAGAUUGAUGGAGUGAUGACCCAACAGGGUUGGACGUACACCGAUAUGGGCUACGAGGAUGAGAAUGGCAACUGGUUGGCGUAAAAUGAAUGGAUGCUAGAGCGUUGCUUGAGGUUAAGGAGCGCAGGGAUUCGGUGUAAAGCCCAAAUGAAAACUGAAUACAUAUCCGCCGCUCCAGUCC